AUGGCCCCAUCCUUCGAUUCCCCGGACCCGCCGCCGGCGACCGGGAACCCGGGCAGCUUUUCCCAACCCCGGCCGCGCCCUCCGAGAUCACCGGGCCGCUCGGCCCAGAUCCGAGCACAGAACCGGAGGCGGGCAUAUCUCGAGCGGCACCCCAGCUAUCUCCAGUCGAGCGACCACGAGCUUGCAGACCCAUUACUCUACGACUUCCUCAUCCGGCGCUUCCAGACCCCCGCUGAGCGCGAGGCCGAGGCCCGCGCGAAGGGCUACGCUCGCGUGCUGGAGGGCUCGCUGCUGCGGGGCGAGGAGCGGCUGGCUCGGCUUAGGAGGGAGCACCAGCAGCAGCAGCAGCAGCAGCAACAGCAAGAGCCAGCUACUUCUACACUUAUGGAUGGGACGACCUUCAGCAGCCUGGACGCCGAGCUCAAGCCGCCGCCAAAGACGAAGGAAGAAGGGCGGGCUCAGUGGGACGAGUUCCUGCGGGACCGGUUCAUCCGUGGGGAAGACGAGGACUUUGACUAUUCUCAGGUGGACGAGGAUGAUGAGUAUGAUGUGCUGGAGAGGGAAGAGAGGGAAGAGGCGUGGUUCGAGAGUGAAGACCCCGGAUGGGCGACGAGUGACGAGGAGGGCGAUGAUGCAAGGACGGAGAAGAUGCUUGAGGGGGAGACGGGCAUACAGGACUUUUGA